CAAACGAAGAAGAGAAUGAACCAAUCCGGUGGAGCCUGUUGAGAACAUGUCCAGGCCUGUUCAACUUGUACACGUGCUGCUCUGGAACGAAGGUAUGACCACGAUACAAGUGUCAUUACUUAAUGAUGGCAGAGUUUUCACAAAAUAAUACUAAAGCCUCCUCACGGGGGCUCCUUGGCAACUACAGAUAUCUGUACAAGAAGUCGAUGCAGAUUUGUUCAAUGGAGAAUUCAAGAGUCUGGAAGAAACCACACCAUAAGAUGAUUAUCCCCAAAAGCAAGAUGAAGAGAGUCCCAGAUGAAUCUCUGGAUAUAAAUAAACUGAUUAAAAAGGCUAAACUGAGUGACACACACCCGGACAGUCAAAGCCCUCUGACCUCUGAAGGUAAAAGUGUCGAUGAAAUGAGACCAGAACCCUCAACGUCCGAGCUUGAACACGAUUGUUUAAUAUCCGCCCUCAGAGACUGCUGGGAGGUGGAUAGUGGUUUCUCCUCUGAAACCAGCCCUCCAGUCAGCGGUCGCAGUUCGCCCUGGCUCGGCUCGUGUCCAACCUCAGUGGUGGCGUUGGACUGUGAGAUGGUGGGAACGGGGCCUGGCGGGCGAAUCAGCGAGCUGGCCCGCUGCAGCAUCGUCGACUAUCACGGCAACAUCCUGUACGAUAAAUACGUCAAACCGUGUCAGCCCAUCACCGACUUCAGAACUCGGUGGAGCGGCAUCCAAAGGCAGCAUCUCCAAAACGCCACAUCCUUCACUCAGGCCAGAGAAGAGAUCCUCAGUAUACUUGAAAACAAAGUGGUCGUGGGUCACUCCAUCUAUAAUGACUUUGAGGUGUUGGCCAUGGUCCACCCUGUUCACCUGGUCAGGGACACAUGUACAACACGUCUCCUCAGCCGACUGGCCGGCUUCUCUCAGAAACGGUGUUCUUCUCUUAAAUUCUUGUCCUGCACGCUGUUGAACAGGCAGAUACAGACUGGUAGGAAAGGUCACUGUUCAGUUGAGGACGCUCGGGCUGCCCUCGACCUCUACAAGCUGGUGGAAGGAGAGUGGGAAAAGGAGCUGCAGGACAAGCUGAGAGACGACGGCACUCAGCUUGAGCCCAGCUUCACCUCGUCGACUCACUACAUGCGGGACGAGUACUGGCCGGAUGAGGUCAAUGCAGACAGUCAGUGAAACGGGACACGUUCACAUUUGAAGUCUCAGGACCUCACUGCAGAGGAGUCAGAACAAGUUCAAAUAAUACUAAUGUGAAUGAAAAACUUGGAUAUUUAAACAAACAAAAAUGUUAGGAGACCAACUAAAUGUGUCAACCUUGUACCUCACAUAAAGAUGUGAUAUAUCUAAAGGGAAGCAGUUUAUUAACUUAAAUAAAACACUAUGGCAAGUUGUUCUUAUACUGAGUUGUAAUGGUCCAGUGCUCGCUGUCACCAUGUUGGUUUGAAGAUCUGUUUAUAAAGUUAACCAUGCUUCUGAAGUUAAGAUUUGGUGCCAUUUGAGUUGAGGUUAAAUCACUUCCUGUGUUUGAAGUUUUAACACAUCUGCUGUGUCUUUAAAGUGUUUAAAUUGGUACUAUAAAUAGUUAAAUAGUUAUUUUUCAAAAUCUAAUCAUUAACCUGAACCAAAACAAAACAAUGCUUUUAACGUAACAUUCAGUCUUGUGCGUUUGAACAUCUGCAUGAGCAAUGUUUAAAUCUUCAGUGACAAAUUGUUCACACGAAUUCUACCACCAGGUUAAACUUUGUAUUUUCCACUUUUAAAUCUGUUGGGAUGUAAUUCCUGCAGUUUUGCACAGCUUGAGAAUUAAAUAAAGCAGGCAAACCUCCUGUCACCAGUCUGUGUUUCUAUCACUGCGGAGCCCGCAAGGGGACAGGAGGGAUAUUUUUUCCCCCAUUUUGCAUUACCACGCAAAAGUUUGUCGUUUAACUAAAUUUAACAAGACUUUUAUUUUGAAAUAUCCGGUUACCGCAAAAGGAUGUGUUUCCACAAGUUCAGGAAAUUGACGUUGAUGUUGCGUGGCUGAACAGAGUUAAAAUACUGCAUUUGACAUACAUGCGUGGCUGUGUGAUAUAUUCAUUCCGAAACUGAAUUAAAGUAGCAGGCUAAUGGUGAGCAUGUGAAUUUGUUAACAAGCCUGCAGGCACAACACUGUUAAACGACUUUUGCGAGAUAAUGCAAUACUAUUGCGUGGGAACGCAAAAGAAAAUCCCUCCAUGUCCCCUCGCGGGCUCCGUACCAUCACUGCCAGUUCUGACAUUUGCAUCUUGUUUUUACUGCUGUGUAGCUUCAAGGGUUUCAAACUGUUCAAAGAUGGAAGUUGGACAUUACCUCUCUGUACACAGCUCACAGUGUUUAAAUAAAAACAUUGAAGCACCUUGAA